UCUCGUCCAAUCACCGUUCGCCCAAUGGUAACGGCCAAGUUUUGAACUCAGGGCAGUUUCUGCAAUUUCUUUUCUUUAUUUUGUCUUCUUCAGUGCUCGGCUCUCUUCCGAUUCGUAGUAAUGGACGAAAAACUGAAGCAUCAACUCGCCACAAAUGGCCUGAAAUACAAACUAUCACUGCGUCGGAUUAUUCAAAAGUACUCCAACCUGCCUUAUCAAGACAUGGCGAUAGAAGUGGACCUCGAUAACACCAGUACAAAAGAUCUGAUGCACUACAUGACGCUGUCUAAAAAGCAGAUAAAGGCGAUGGAGUCAGAGAGCCUGUUGGAUUCAAGAGGGGACCUUUUACAGCUGCACAAUUCCUCCAGUACUUUACCGCUGGACCAAACGCAACAAGAUGGUGGACAUGAUGAUGCUGUUUCUUGCCAGAUGUCCUCAGAUGAUGAUGAUGAUGAUGAUGGAGUGUCAAACGUGCAUUCCCGCCAGAGUUCGCUCAACGGCAGACAAAGCGACUUCCCAGAGACCGAUGUCCUCCCUGAGGACCAGGACGAGGAGCUGGAGUUGAGCCUGAGAAGUCAAGGCAGCACUUUGUCCGAGCUCUACCCCAGCAUGAUCGAUCGAAUUGGACGGGCGCAGCACCGCUGGCACAUUUCCAAGAUGGCCAACGGUGUGCUCCGGAAGUACUGCAAGUGGCGACGACAGUCCGGCAGAGGAAGCCACAUCAACAGUGUCGUCACGAGCAACAGACAAACCACGCGGAAGAAAAAGAUAAAGAAUCCAGGAUCUGCUUUUACCAACCAACAAUACUCCUCUUUGAGGGAGCAAAGCGUUCUGGGCAUGGACCCGUCCGCUUUCCCGGAAUCUCCUAAAUUGAAACGGGUUGAACUAAACGAUACCUUCACUGUGGGAGAACAACCAUCAACCCCCAGAAGGUUUUCCGUCUCCGCUACCGGACGGAGGCCAUCUGUGUGCGCUCUCAGUCCUUCCCUGUUUUCUCAGUCCUCUGAGGCAUCCUUGGACAUGUUGCUAAGAUCCAGAAGGCUUAUGGGAGAGGAGCCAUCCCCGUGCUUCCUCAGUCCUUCGCAAUCUUUUGGUGCCUCUUCAGGAGUGUCUUUGGACCCGCCCUUAGGCUCCAGGAGGUUUUUUUUCCCUGUUGCGAAAGAUCAGCAGUCUUCAGGCAUGCCUAGUCCUCCACGGUCUUCCGAUCACUCUACGGGAUUGUCCAUUGACCUUUCCCCAGAUUCCGAGAGGCUCUCUUGCGCUGCUGCCAAAGAGCAGCCAUCCUUGUGGCUCCUCAGUCCUUCACGGUCGUCUGAUCCCACCUCGGAUCAGUCCCUGAGGUCCAAAGGGCUUUCUCGUGCUGCUGCUGGAGAGCAGCCAUCUUUGUCGGUCCUCAGUCCUUCAAAGUCUUCCAGUCCUUCCCCAGACCAGUCACUGAGAUCGAAAAGGCUUUUUAACGCUGCUACCAGAGAGCAGCCAUCCUUGUGGCUCUUCAGUCCUUCACGGUCGUCUGAUCCCACCUUGGACCAGUCCCUGAGGUCCAAAAGGCUUUGUAGUGCUGCUGCCGGAGAACAGCCAUCUUUGUCGAUCCUCAGUCCUUCAAAGUCUACCAGUCCUUCACAAUCUUCCAGUUCUUCCCCAGACCAGUCACUGAGAUUGAAAAGGCUUUUUACCUCUGCUGCCGUAGAGCAGCCAGUGUCUUGGGUUCUCAGUCCUUCACGGUCUUCUGGUCCCAACUCGGGCCAAUCCCCGAGGUCCAAAAGGCUUUGUAGUGCUGCUACCGGAGAGGUGCCGUCUUCAUUGUUCCUCAGUCCUUCAAAGUCUUCCAGUCCCUCUUCAGGCCAGACCCUCAGAGCUAAAAGGCUUUUUAACGCCGCUACCAGAGAGCAGCCAUCCUCGUGGGUUCUCAGUCCUUCGCGGCCUUCUGGUCCCUCCUCAGACCUGUCCCUGAGGUCUAAAAGGUUUGCCCUUGCUUCUGCCCAAGAACAGCAUCAAACAGCACCGUGGGUCCUCAGUCCAUCGCGGUCUGUCGGUCUUUCCUUGGACCUUUCACUGAGAUCUAAAAGGCUCGCUAUGUCUGCUGCCGAUGAGCAGCAGCAGUUGUGCUCGGAGGUCCCAAGUUCAUUACAGUCGUCCGGUCCCUCUUCUGACUUGUCUCAUAGGUCCAAAAGUCUUUUCUUCUCUGCAGGCGUUGCUGCUGAAAGCACCGAAUUUAAAGAGCGACCUGACAUUAAUGGUUCUCCUGUCAGGCGGAGUCCCUUAAAAGUGGGAAUGGUGAACUGGGAAGGCCUUCGAAGAUCUGAUCAGUCCUUCUCAAGAAGCCCAAACUCUGCUCAUGUCCUCGGUCACUCCAGGCCCUCCGCUUCCCCACUACGAAAGCUACUUAGGACCCAGGCACUUCACCCAAAGUCCUCCUUGGGCUCCCCUCAACGGACCCGCAAUAACCUUUGCCGGCAUUUCUCCUUUGACUCCUCCUUGACAACGGAAUGCGCCACAUACUCCAAAAAAGACCUGGACGACGAUUACAAAAAGCACUACCACAAGUUCGUGUGUCAGAGCAAACCCUCCAACGGGCUCCCCAGCCGGUGUCAUUCGUCCCAAACACUGGUGGCGCUGGCUUUGUCACCGCACCGCUUCGAGCUGAGGAAGCGUCACCGGGAGUUGGACCGGGAGAACUUGUCCCACUCCAAGCGCUGGAGCCCCUACUCUCCGGGUUCUAAGCGGCACACAAAAGAGAUGCUGAGACGCUGCCUCUGUCUGCCUGACGCCGAGGUUUCCCGGUGCGGUGACUUCAAGCAAAGUGAGUUUCGAGGUUACAGGGGUCGGCCAUCGCUGCAGGACUCCAUUCGGGCCCGUGGUUUGCCGGAGGAAUGCUUUCUUGGUAAAUAUCCUUGAAACAACAAUGCGGUCGGACAGAUGGGUUCAGUUUUUCAUGUUUUCAUCACUGAUUGGUUCUCGUCUUUAUUGCUAUUCAAGAGGACGUUCAGGAGAGGACAAUGAAGUCACAAGUUACUAAGGUAACUGAACUGUGUGUUUAAAGGGGAGGGUGGCGAUACUGGCUUGAGUCUAAACGUCCAGUCUGGCCUUCGACAAUCCAGUUUUUGCUUGUUUUGUGGUACCCCUACAGCGAACUUUUGCUCCUCCUCCUCCUUCUGACAUGAACAGAAAAUGAAAACAAUCUCCUGUGAGGACUCCUUAUCAGAAUAGAAGCUGUGGUUACCCGCCGUCUGUGUAAAGGUGUUUUAAUUCGAGUUGCAGUUUACAUGAAAAUAUUCUGUGUGUAUUGCCUGUAUUUUCACCAUUUUCAUGUGUUUGUAAUGUUAGUUCCAAUAAAACCUGACUAAAAAAGGCUA